UGGGACCUCCUCCUCUUCCCGCCCCUCCCCUCCUGCUCUGGCCCCUCCCCUCGGGCAGGGAGGGCAUCAAAGCCGCGCCGCCCUAUAAAGCCCCCGAGGGGCCCGGAGCCCAAGGAGAGAGAGAGCGAGCGGCGGCGAGAAGGCAGGCGGCUAGGCCAGGCCAGGCCGGGCCAGGAGGAGACGGGGCCGAGCCCAUGGGCCGCUAGCGCCGCUGGCCGCCAUGAACGUGGUGGGGGGCUACCACCCGCUGCUGCACGAGGCGCCCUUCCUCUUCGGGCCCCCGCACCCGCACCCCCCACCCCCGCCGCACCCGCACCCCCCUCCUCCUCCGGGAUGGCUGCUCAGCGCCACCGGCCUCUCCCCGCCCGCGCCGCCCCCGGACCUGGGCUGCUCCCCGGCCUCGUCCUUCGGCCCCGCGGAGGAGCUGCCGGGGAGGCGCAGGGGCCCCGCGGGAGGAGCAGCGCCGCCCGUCCCCUCAGCCGCGGCAGCCCCCUCCCUGGCGGGUCCCCCGCCCCACCCGCCUCGCAAGGAGCGCCGCCGGACGGAGAGCCUCAACAGCGCCUUCGCCGAGCUGCGCGAGUGCAUCCCCAACGUGCCCGCAGACACGAAGCUCUCCAAGAUCAAGACGCUGCGCCUGGCCACCAGCUACAUCGCCUACCUCAUGGAGGUGCUGGCCAAGGACGGGCCCCUCGCCGCCGGCGCCGAGGCCGGGUUCAAGGCCGAGCUCAAAAAGGCCGAGCCCCGCCACCAUCACCCCGCCGCCGCCGCCGCCGACGCCCCCGCCAAGAGGAAGCGAGAGACGCAGCCCCCCGAAGGUGUCUUCGCGCCCUCCAUGAGCCACGGAGAGAAAAGGCUGAAAGGACGGACGGGUUGGCCUCAGCAGGUCUGGGCGCUGGAACUGAACCAAUGAGAGCCGGCGUGGACGGGCCCCCACAGGGGAGGGGCCCGGGCUGAGCCCCCUCGCCCUCCCCCAAAGCACUCCCGCCGCCCUUUGCCGCCCACCCCGGUCGCCUUCCUUCAGUGGGAAGGAGCGCGCCUUGCUUCCUUCGGGAGAGAGAGGCCACCUCUAUCUACACUGAUCACUGAAGUCGGCUUCAAACCGGGAUUGAAGAGAGUGGCUUCUCCGUGGAACCAGCGCGAGGCCCGGAGGAUGAUGCCAACAACAAACACACUGUCACGAGCACUGAGGCGCAUUAAGGGCUGGCUGUCUUUCUCCAGCUUUCGUGGAGUUUGUUGCCCUUUGAAGCUAGCUUCGAACUCGAACUGUUGCACAAAAACAAACCAAGGGAUGAGUGGAAGAAGACAUUGUUAAAGGGGAAAAAGGAAAGAGCCCCGAUCGAAGGAACUCAGGGAGACGUCGAAGCGAGACCCCUUCCUUGGCUUUCAAAGUGGGGAAAUGGCUUGAAUCCGCUUCUACCACACCUUUCCCUGCCUAAAAAGCACUGGGUGUGUUGUGUGUGGGGAUUUGUCAGGGCGAGGAGACCCACAAAGGGCGUUGCCUCCUCCUCACAUUUCCCUUCAGUCUCCAAAUUACUCCCAUCGCAGCCUGAAAAGUGAUCCUCGCAAGGCGCCCCGUCUUCUCCAGUCUUGGAAACCAGGACUUGGAUGGGAGGCCAGGCCACCAAUGAAUCCCAGGUGCUACAUCAUCAGAAGGAACGGGCAAAACCACCUCCGAGGAUCCCUGGCCUAAGAAAACCCAGUGAAGUGCGUGGGGCCGACAUAAGGCCGGUUUCGUUGCGUUUAGGGUGCCCCACACUGUCCUUCCUGAAGGCUCACGAUACUGUCGAAAGCUUUCUGGGCUCACUGGGUUGCUGUGUUUUCCGGGCUAUAAGGCCAUGUUUCUGACAAUUCACCCACAUCCAGGGCUGGCAUCCUCAGAGGUUGUGAGCAGGACGAUAGCCAGAAAAAAAAAAUCGGGGUGGGGGGGUUGAAACUUUUUUUAAGCGAAUCAUGAAGAGUAGUUCCAUAACGAAAAAUAAUUUAGAAAUCAGGCUCCAACGAUAAACUUCAGUGGACCCUCAAAACAGAUAAACUUCAGUGGAUACUCUUGGGGAUUUGGUUAAUCAGUUAAAAUUCACGAGUAAAACAGUUUUUUUUUAAACUUGAAAAAUUUCGGGAGGGGGGGUUGAACCCCUACACCCCUCCCCCCCAUAGCCCUGGUUGGGAGGUAUAUUGGAUAGCAGGCAUCUUCAGAGGUUGUGAGGUCUGUUUGAAACUAGGCAAGGGGGGUUGAUAUAUUAUCUGUGGAAGCCCCAGGGUGGGAGAAAAAAACUCUUGUCUGCUGGAGGCCAGUGUGAAUGUUGCAGUUGAUCACAUUGAUUAGCAUUAGAUAGCCUUACAGCUUCAAAGCUUGGCUGCUUCCUGCCUGGGGGAAUCCUUUGUUGGGAAGUGUUAGCUGGCUCUUGUUGAAUCUUGUCUGGAUUUCCUCUGUUUUUGAGUGCUGCUCUUUAUUUACUCUCCUGAUUUUAAUGAUUUUUUAAGUACUGGUAGCCAGAUUUUGUUCAUUUUCAUGGUUUCCCCCUUUCUGUUGAAAUUCUCCACAUGCUUGUGGAUUUCAAUGGCUCCAUAAAGAACAACACUCAGAAGUCAGAGGAAUUCCAGACAAGAAACAACCAGGGCCAGUUAACAUCUCCCAACAAAGGAUUCCCCCAGGAAGGAAGCAGCCAGGCUUUGAAGCUGCAAGGCUUUUGAUGCUAAUUAAGGUGAUUAAUUGCAAUAUUCACACCUACUUCCAACAUACAAGAGUUCAUUCUCCCACCCUGGACCUUCCACAGAUAUAUCAACCCCCCUUGCCUAGUUUCCAGCAGACCUCACAACCUCUGAGGAUGCCUGCCAUAGACGUGGGCGAAAAGUAGGAGAGAAUGCUUCUGGAACAUGGCCAUACAUCCCAGAAAUUCACACCAACCCAGCUCAGGGUACUUCUGAAAGCAAGGCAAGGCUAGUGAUUUGGGAACUGAAGGAAAAUGCCGUUUGAAAAGGGCAGAGCUGGCGACCUUUGCCUGAGUGGAUCCACUUUCCCUUCUUGGCCUCUCUUCCCAAGCCAUGGAUUCUCUUGGAUCUGCGCCUUCCCCAUUGGUUCCUCCCAUCAGUGGGCACAUCUGCAGGGCCACUGACGUGGAGCUGAUUGUGGGCAACCAAAGUCAGUGAUAGACCCACUUCUGGUUCAGAGUUGGGAGAUUUGCCCCAAACCCGCCCAGCUUCCUUUGAGUGUAAAUAAAUACAGAGGUAACAACUGGGCCCUCUCUUCCUCCUCUUCCUCUGCUUUCCUUGCUGGGCCACCUUUCCGCUCCCAAUGUUGUUGUUUUGAAUUGUAAUUUUGUUUUGGAUGUAUUUAAACUACCUAAAAUGGGUGCAUUUUUGAUACAUUUCCUGUACCGAGUUUUUUUUCUACCUCAAAUCUGUAUGACCACUUGCUAGGAGAACAGGUUUGCCAAGCCAAGUAUUUAUGCGAAUUUUAAAGAAAUGAUGAUGAUUAUAAUAAUUAUAAUAAUAAUAAAGUAAAGCUUUAUGAUAACAA